UUUCCGGUUUUAUUCUAGUCGGCUCUUCGACGGCUGUGGUGUCUUUUUGCCGCGUUUGAACAGAGGGACUCAGCGAUGGUCGAGGAGGUGCAGAAACACUCUGUGCACACCCUGGUGUUCAGGUCCCUGAAGAGGACGCACGAUAUGUUCGUAUCGGAUCACGCCAAGCCUGUGUCGGUGGACGAGGAGAGCCACAAGGUGAAGAUGACUGCAAAGCUGCGCGCCGAGUACAGCGCCGUGCUGCACAUGCCCCUGCUGAAGGAGGAGAGGGACAAGGUGGCACAGCAUGUGGACAGUGCCUACGCUCAGCAGAGUUACACAGAAACUCCUGGUUUAGAUCCAGAGUACCUGAUUACUGGCACUCAUCCAUACCCCUCAGGGCCUGGAGUAGCGCUGACUGCUGAUACACAGAUUCAGAAGAUGCCCACUCAGGGUGGUGUCCAGUCGCUUGCUCUCGCCCUUCCACCGUCACAAGCAAGGCAAGAUGCCACUCGCACUGCAGCUGGUGUAGCAGACAUUCACAGGCAUGCUGGGAACGCAGAGCGAUCGCAGCCUCCACUGCACGCCAUGUCUGUAAUGGAAGCAGGGGGAACAAAGAACUCUGCAUUAAUACCAAGGAAGGCCCCCACUAUGCCCAAACCUCAGUGGCACCCUCCUUGGAAGCUGUACCGGGUUAUCAGUGGGCACCUGGGCUGGGUGAGGUGCAUUGCAGUAGAACCUGGAAACGAAUGGUUUGUUACAGGGUCAGCUGACAGAACCAUAAAGAUCUGGGACCUGGCCAGCGGGAAGCUGAAGCUGUCCCUCACAGGCCACAUCAGCACGGUGCGUGGCGUGGCUGUGAGCGGUCGUAGCCCAUAUCUCUUCUCCUGCGGAGAAGACAAGCAAGUCAAGUGCUGGGACCUUGAGUAUAACAAGGUGAUCAGGCACUACCACGGCCAUCUCAGUGCUGUCUAUGAUCUGGACCUGCACCCGACUAUUGAUGUGCUGGUCACCUGCAGCAGAGACUCCACUGCCAGGGUGUGGGAUAUCCGGACCAAGGCAAACGUACAUACCCUGUCUGGACACACAAACACUGUAGCCACGGUCAAAUGCCAGGCCGCAGAGCCCCAGAUCAUCACAGGUAGCCAUGAUACCACAAUCAGGCUGUGGGAUCUUAUUGCUGGAAAGACCAGAGCAACACUGACCAAUCACAAGAAGUCUGUCCGAGCUUUGGUAUUACAUCCACGACAAUACACUUUCGCCUCUGGUUCUCCUGACAACAUCAAACAGUGGAAGUUCCCAGAUGGGAGCUUCAUUCAGAACCUCUCUGGUCACAAUGCUAUCAUCAACACUUUGGCAGUGAACUCCGAUGGGGUGCUUGUGUCAGGAGCUGACAACGGAACCAUCCACAUGUGGGACUGGAGAACUGGUUACAACUUCCAGAGGAUUCACGCUGCUGUGCAGCCAGGUUCCCUGGAUAGUGAGUCUGGCAUCUUCGCCUGCGUUUUUGACCACUCUGAGAGCAGGCUGAUCACCGCUGAGGCUGACAAGACCAUCAAAGUCUACAGAGAGGAUGACACCGCGACUGAAGAAACUCACCCGAUCAGCUGGAAGCCUGAGAUCCUCAAGAGGAAGAGGUUUUAAGAGCUUUCCCUUUUUAUUAAAA